GCGUGAGCGAAGGAUUAAUAGCGACAGAUCGGGCUCUGUUGAAUCAGACGCUGAUAUCUUUAUAUUUUAAUCACAGAAUAACGCAGUUGUGUCGCGAUGGUGUCGCACUCGCUGGCUCUACCGAUGAUCUGUUUCACCACGCUGUGGGGUCUGGUCGGGGUCGUGGCCCCGUUUUUUGUACCGAAAGGACCAAACAGAGGAGUCAUCAUCACCAGUUUGGUGCUGACCGCAGUUUGCUGCUAUUUAUUCUGGUUAAUAGCCAUACUGGCCCAAACAAACCCUCUAUUUGGACCUCAGCUCAAAAACGAGACCAUAUGGUAUCUGCGCUACUUCUGGGAGUAGAUGGAGGUGUCAUCUGGAAGAUUAAAGACACUAUCAUAAUCAAUAAAACCCACAGAAUAGUCAAGGAUCGACUCCAAGGGAACAAUAUUGGUGUUAUGAAACAUGUUUAAUGGCUUAUUUAGUUUAAACUUGAACAUGUUAUGUACUUUAUGCAACGUAAAGAAUAGAAAAUGUGGAAAUGAUAUACAUGUACAAAGAAACGUAAUUGUGCUAUUCUUGUGAUGUUUAAAGAAUUAAGGAAUCAGUUUGUGUCCUUUGGAUGUCUGAGAGUUGAGUAUAUGACUAUGAGGAAAUGCUUUUGUUUGGCAUUAAGGCACAUGUCAGUCUUUUUUAUGAUGUUGUCCUCACUUGCAUGUGCCACUGUAUCCAUGUUUACUUGAUUAAAUUAUUCUUUUUUUGUGAAAGAUUUUUAUUUAUAAAUGUGAUGGAAAUAACGAACGAAGGAAAUAAAGCAAGUUUGGAUGUGAA